UAUUUGGGUGUAUUAAAUACCUACCUAAUAGAAAAUGGAAAAUCUUGUCAAAACGUUGUGCAGGCUUUGCCUUAAUGUUAUAAGUGAUGGAAAUUUCAAAGUAAUAGAAGAAGAAGUUCUACAGGUGCUACUUCUGAAACGGAACGCAGCAGAAAAUAUUGAGCAUGUAAUGUGCAGUGCAUGUUCCACAGCAGUAUUUGCGGCAUUUCAGUUCAAGAAGACCUGUAUGGACACGGAAGCUAGUAUUUCCCCUUACGUUAAUUCUGAAAAGGUGGCACCUGUUGAUUUAAGAGAGAUUUAUCUCGAAAUACGAGGUAAUGAACAUUUAAAAACGGUACUGGAAAAUGAGAGAAUUUGUCGAUUGUGUAUGCAGAUGGACACUUGUGGAUUCACAUCGGUAGAAGAUGUGGAAAUUGAUAUGAUUCAGAAAUGUAUUCCAGAGAUAAAUUUUAAUUCCACCAAGGAGCCAGUCGUAUGUGCAACUUGUCUCGAUUCUCUGAACGCUUACAGCAGUUUCUUAAACUGUCUAGAUGUAGAGGGACAAAUUCAUAGCAACAAAGAGAGUCUGUUUUGUAUUAAGACUGAAGAGAUUGAAAUAAAAUCUGAGGAACACGAUAACGAUAGUAUUUUAUCCAAUGAUCCUCUGAGCAUUCACAGCAGAUCCUUAAAAAAUUGUCUAGAUGUAGAGGAAAAAUUUCAUAGCGGCGAAGAGAGCCCAUUGUGUGUUAAGAUUGAAAGGAAUGAAAUAAAGUCUGAAGAAAAUGAUAGUGACUCUACUCUACAUGACUCAGCCAUCAAGCAUAGUGAUCUUUCACACCAUCAAAAAAUUCGCAAAAACAAUUCAAAAGUACGAGUAUAUGCAUGUGAUACAUGCAGUUUUAACACUGUACAUAAGGAAUCUUUUACGAACCAUCAGCUGAAACACAAAAGGGCUUCCGAGGUCCAAAUGUACCACUGCAGUGUAUGCGAUUUUAGAACUAAAUAUAAGCGCAGUCUUUCAAAACAUCACUUGGUACACAAAGAUUUUUCCGAGGUCCAAGUAUACGAGUGUCGUAUAUGCGACUAUAAAACUAAGCGAAAGCACGGUCUUAAAAACCACAUGUUAAAACAUAAAAACGUUCCUAAAUCAGAAGUAUUUGAAUGUGAUAUAUGCGAUUUUAAAACUAAAUACAAAUACUAUUUCUCAACACAUCGGUUGAAGCACCAAGAUAAUUUCAAAGUACCGAUAUACAAAUGUUAUACAUGCAAUUUAAAGUUCGAGCACGAGAGAGAUCUUUUGAGCCAUCAAACGAGCCACAAAGGUAUUUCUAAAGUACAAAUAUAUGAAUGUCAUACAUGCGGUUUUAAAACUAAAUACAAGUCCAACCUUGAAAAACAUCAGGUGAAACACAAAGAUCCAUCUGAGGUACAAAUAUACCACUGUCACGCAUGUGAUUUCAAAACUAAAUAUAAGCCCAAUAUUUCAAAACAUCAGGUAAUCCACAAAGAUACAUCCGAGAUCCAAAUGUAUGAGUGUCGUAUGUGUGAUUAUAAAACUAAGCGAAAGAGGAAUCUUAGGAACCACCUGCUAACUCACAAAAGCACUUCCGAAAUGGAAGUAUUUGAAUGCGAUGAAUGUGAUUUUAAAACUAAGUACAAAUACUAUCUUUCAACACACCGGUUGAAACACAAGAUAAUUUCAAAGAGCUGAUGCAAACCUGAUACAUACGAUUUAAAAUUCAAGCAAAGGAGCGAUCUUUCUAGCCAUCAAAUAACUCACAAAGGCGUUUCUGACGUACAUGUAAUUUCAAUACAUUCUGCAUUAAAACCAAAUACAAGUUCAACCUUGAAGAGCACCAGCUCAAACACAAAGGUCCAUUUGUGGUACAAAUGUACCAUUUCAAAACUAAAUAUAAAUAGCCUCUCAUAAAUCAUCAAAUGUUACACGAAGACUGUUCCGGGUUGAUAAAAGAAUGUCGCACACGCUGUGUGAAGUUCAAGCGCAAGGGUUUGACAACCAUACAUAAGAGCAACUUUAUUUUCUGUCAGCUGAAACACAAAAGUGUUUCCAAAGUGCAAAUGUACAAUUGCAGUACAUAUAAUUUUAAAACUAAAUAUGGAAGCAAUAUUUCAAAAUUCAUGUCAGAUAUUGAUAUACUGGCUGGCUUGGAGAGUUUGGAAAUAAUCCUGUAAAAAUUGAACGUCUUUCACGGGCGAGAAAGAGACUAAUAAAAAAUUGUAGACAAUUAAAAGCCGCCAGAAUUAGUUAGUGUAGAAACUUUAAGCAAAUUCAAAGAAAAUUCUCCAAAUAUAUACAUCAUAAAAGGAAACGAGUUUUUUGUAAACAAUAAAGCAUACACAAUACAUCAGUUGCAAGAAGCAGAAGAUAGCGGCUUCAUACCACAAGAAAAACAGGUACUGCUUUCACCAAUAUCAAAAGGAAGCAGUGAAGUUGUUCAUCAGUCUAAUCAAAUGAACCCAAGAGCCCCUAUAAACAUUAAAAUAACAAGAAAUCAACUCAAAAAUGCUUUACCAGAAACUAGAAAUAGUAGGCAGCGUAGGUAGUGAAACUUGAUAGUAAUAAGUAAUGUAUAUGUGCAUGUAAUUUUUUUACAUAUAAUUUAAACUGUAAUUAUUAUGUUUAAUGCAAUUUUAACAUUUAU